UGCUCAGGCACCACAGUAGCCGCCAUAUUCGCAUCUAUGGCAGGAUAGCGGUGGUCGGCGAGCGUAUGUGGUCCUGUCAAACCGACUAUCGCGACACCGGACCUCAAUCAUAACCAGGCAGUAGCCCUCCGUUCACCCGUCUUCAGCUAGCAUCUGCUCGGAAAGGCGUACGAUCCAGGCUUGCAACCGGGAGACAUGCAUCGUGGAGCGGUGGUUUAAGAUGACUACGAUGCCUUUCUCCCAGCCACAAGAAUCCUGGCACAAGAUGGAGGUGAAUAGCGUUAGUAGUGAGAUCAAUGGGCAUCAGAUCAUGGACGAAGCCAUGGAGGAGGGAGAAUCUUUCACACACUGUGACGAGGGGGAGUACAAGGAGAUUCCUAUCACCCACCAUGUGAAGGAGGGCUGUGAGAAGGCUGAUCCUGCCCAGUUUGAGCUGCUCAAGGUUCUGGGGCAGGGCUCCUUCGGCAAGGUGUUUUUGGUCCGAAAGAUCAUGGGUCCAGAUGCUGGCCAGUUAUAUGCAAUGAAAGUUUUGAAGAAGGCAUCUUUGAAAGUGAGGGACAGAGUCCGCACUAAAAUGGAGAGGGACAUUUUAGUGGAGGUCAACCAUCCGUUCAUAGUGAAGUUGCACUACGCCUUUCAGACAGAAGGGAAGCUCUAUUUAAUACUGGACUUUCUCAGGGGAGGAGACGUCUUCACUCGAUUAUCCAAAGAGGUUAUGUUUACAGAGGAGGAUGUGAAAUUCUACCUUGCAGAGCUGGCCCUGGCCCUUGACCAUCUGCACAGUCUGGGCAUAGUUUACAGAGACCUCAAACCUGAGAACAUAUUGCUUGAUGAAGCUGGACAUAUCAAGUUAACAGACUUUGGUUUGAGUAAAGAGUCAGUAGAUACUGAUAAGAAGGCCUAUUCCUUCUGUGGUACUGUGGAGUAUAUGGCCCCUGAGGUGGUCAACAGGAGAGGGCACACACAGAGCGCUGACUGGUGGUCCCUGGGAGUACUCAUGUUUGAGAUGCUGACAGGAACGUUACCGUUCCAGGGGAAAGACCGCAACGAGACCAUGAACAUGAUCCUCAAAGCGAAGUUAGGCAUGCCACAGUUCUUGAGUCUAGAAGCCCAGAGUCUGUUGAGAAUGCUGUUCAAACGGAACCCUGCCAACAGACUAGGGGCAGGGGCUGACGGCGUAGAAGAGAUCAAGCGCCACUCAUUCUUCUCCACUAUCGACUGGAACCAACUGUACAGGAGGGAGCUUCAGCCUCCGUUUAAACCUGCUGCAGGGAAACCAGAUGACACCUUCUGCUUCGACCCCGAGUUUACAGCUAAAACCCCUAAAGACUCCCCAGGUAUCCCCCCCAGCGCCAACGCCCACCAGCUCUUUAAAGGCUUCAGCUUUGUAGCUCCUGCAUCGCUGGACGAGACCAAGAGUUCCCCACUCCUCAGCAUACUACCUAUAGUACAGAUGCACAGCAGUGCGGCCCAGUUCUCUGACCUGUAUGACCUCCAUGAGGACAUUGGGGUGGGCUCCUACUCCAUCUGCAAACGCUGCGUCCACAGGGUGUCCACCGUGGACUACGCUGUCAAGAUUAUAGACAAGAGUAAGAGGGACCCCUCGGAAGAGAUUGAGAUUUUGAUGAGAUACGGCCAGCACCCCAACAUUAUUACUCUCAAAGACGUGUAUGACGAGGGCAGGUACGUGUAUGUGGUGACAGAGCUGAUGAAGGGAGGAGAGCUGCUGGAUAAGAUCCUCAGACAGAAGUUCUUUUCCGAGAGAGAGGCCAGCGCUGUCCUCUACACCAUCACCAAGACUGUAGACUACCUCCACUGCCAAGGGGUAGUGCACAGGGACUUGAAGCCCAGUAACAUCCUGUACAUGGACGACUCUGGGAACCCAGACUCCAUCAGGAUCUGUGACUUCGGCUUCGCCAAGCAGCUCCGGGGGGGUAACGGCCUCCUGCUCACCCCCUGCUACACGGCCAACUUCGUGGCCCCCGAGGUACUAAUGCGGCAAGGCUAUGAUGCUGCCUGUGAUAUCUGGAGCCUGGGAGUUCUUCUCUACACUAUGCUGGCAGGAUACACGCCAUUCGCUAACGGACCCAACGACACACCUGAGGAGAUUCUUCUCAGGAUAGGUUCCGGAAAGUUCUCCCUGAGCGGAGGCAACUGGGACACAGUUUCUGACACCUCCAAGGACCUGCUGUCACACAUGCUGCAUGUGGACCCCCACCAGCGCUACACUGCUGAGCAGGUUGUGAAGCAUGCCUGGAUCACCUGCAGGGACACGCUGCCUCACUUCCAACUCACCCGGCACGACGCUCCACACCUCGUCAAGGGAGCGAUGGCAGCCACCUACUCUGCGUUGAGCCACAAGACAUGUCAGCCUGUUCUGGAGCCCGUGGCAGCCUCCAGUCUGGCCCAGAGACGCAGCAUGAAGAAGCUAACCUCCACGGACAUGUAGACACACCAUAUACACACGCCCCCAACUCACCCCUUACACUGGCUCCCACCCACACACAGGCCCAGGCCAGGCCAGUUGACACUUGCUGUCCCUCCUUUUCUUUUAAUAUAUUUAUUUAGAGUUAGUGACCCCCCCACACACACACAAACACACGCACGCACACACAUACACAACCUCUACAAGGCUGGAUCACACGGAUGCAAGCCUCGGAGUAAGAGGAAAACCUGCAUAUCUUCUACUGCUGGAGAGACGGAUGGAUUUAUUUUCACUGCUUUGUCGUAUGCACUCUCUCACCUUUGUCUCCUCUCUCACUCUCACCGUUCUCUCCUCUCUCACCGUUCUCUCCUCUCUCACUCUCCUCUCACUCUCCUCACUCUCCUCUUUCCCCUGUCUCUCUCUCUCUCUCUCUCUCUCUCUCUCUCUGAGGAGGAGGAGAUAAAGCACCAGCUGAUGUUCUUCUUCACUGUGAUUGGCUGAUUCCAAGUUGCUUCAGUAAACUGUGCCCCGCCCACCGCUCCUCAUCUCCUUCCCCCCCUGUCUCACAUGCGCUCUCCUUCUCUCUCACUGUCUCUAACACAUCUGACAACGUCCGUUAUUUAUGUAACCCCCUCCCCCCCUCAUGCAUAUGAAAAUCCAGAUGCACGCACUCCCCCUGUCUCUCUAUCUGGAGGUCUCUCUGACUCCCUCACUCCCCCUGUCUCUCUAUCUGGAGGUCUCUCUGACUCCCUCACUCCCCCUGUCUCUCUAUCUGGAGGUCUCUCUGACUCCCUCACUCCCCCUGUCUGUCUCUCUAUCUGGAGGUCUGUCUGACUCCCUCACUGUGUGAUAACUAUGUAUCAAGGAGAAAACAAUGCUGCAGAUAACAUUUAGAAGAAAAAAAAAGUGAACUGUCAAAGUUGAAUGAAUGUGACGAUGAGGGGGUUUCCUCUCCUCGGUCAGACCAGAGAAGCUGAAUGACAAAAGAUCAUUUCCAUGAAUCUCUUCUAAGACAUUGUGGAAAUUGUACCAUAUUGUAUUUAUUUCAUUUAAUUUUUUAAAUUCUAUUUUUCUUUCAAGUUCUGUAUAUAUUGACAUUAAAGAUCAUUAUUGACAUGCA